AUGUGGUGCGCGAUCGCUCUGGGAGCCCUCGUACGAGGCUGCCCCGUGGAGCACGUGGAGUCCUACGUAGACCUGGCACAGGAGUCGCUGGCGACCUUUAGGGACCAGGCCAACCUCGAUACGGCUAGGUAA